UGCAGUUGAUUCAUUUUUCUAGAAUUCAGUUAACUUUUUACCGUUUCACGGAUAGGUCUAGAGAGGAGCACAUCGCUGUACUCAUACAACCGGUUUCGAUCGUGAUCUUCGAUUCGAUAUAUUUUUCUGUUUUCCAUUGAGCAACACUGAUGUGAUCCUUAAUCAUUUUUAAUAACAAACAAAAGUGACAACAAAAUUAAUACAAUUUUUAUUUCAAAACUUGUAAUCAACAAGUUCUCUUUUUACAAUAAUUGUUCGGUUUAUUUUUGUUUUUUAAAUUGAGAAUCGAAUGUUGACAGUGGUAUUUUAUAUAUUUUUAAUUGCGGCCUUUGUCUAGAGUUUUUGCGCGACACAGUACCUCAAGACUCAGAAGACACAUCAAAAUGAAAUAAAAACGGGUUUUGUGUAUUUGUUGUUGUUUAUGUGGAAAUUCAAUUAUAAUAAACAAAACAGCAAUAGCAAAUAAUUGAUACUUAAUGAUCAAUUAUUGUUAUAAAAUAUGCAAAUUUUAGUGGUUCCUUGAUCGAUUUGAAGUUGCUUUUACGUUUGGAUGUUACUGUGGCUGUCGCUGUGGCAAUCGCAUUGGAAAACAAGCUAUCUUGGGGAACUCUAACUGCACACACUGCGAUUCUUUUCAAUAAUUGAUUGUUACUUUAUAAAUACAACUUCUAACUGAUUUAAAACAGAUUACACAAAACAUGGAACGGGAUGUGGUGUUUCCACAUUCGGCAACGUUAUUUGCAGCGAUAUGUGCGUGCAUUUUUUCCGUUAUUGGAGUUCUCGGCAACUUGAUAACAAUACUGGCUCUACUGAAAUGCCCGAAAAUGCGAGGUCACGCAACAACAGCCUUUGUCCUUUCACUUUGCAUAUCAGAUUUACUCUUUUGUUCAUUUAGUCUGCCACUUACCGCUGUGCGGUAUUUUCAAGAGGCAUGGACACUUGGAGACACACUUUGUAGGAUAUUUCCGGUUAUAUUUUAUGGCAAUGUUGCAGUGUCAUUAUUGAGUAUGGUUGGAAUAACAUUAAAUCGAUAUAUCCUCAUCGCAUGUCAUAGACUAUAUUCCCAAAUUUAUAGGCCAACAUUUAUAGUCCUGCAGCUUCUAUUUGUUUGGAUGUUUUCUUUUCUUAUGCUGCUUCCACCAUUAUUGGGUAUAUGGGGUGAAAUGGGACUUGACGAAGCAACAUUCUCUUGUACAAUCCUUAAGAAAAAUGGAAAAUCCAUUAAGAAAACUCUAUUCCUUUUUGGAAUUCUACUUCCGUGUAUUAUUAUCACCGUCUCCUAUUUGUGCAUUUAUUUCAAAGUUCGAAAACAAAAACAAAAAAUGAAAGCUCACAGAUCAUUCCAAAAGCCGUCAAAAGAAUCAAUGUCAACGGCACGCAAGAGUCGCGAUGACAAUAGACUGUCCGUGAUGAUGGUCACGAUAUUCGUUUGCUUUAUUGCAUGUUUCUUGCCACUCAUGCUGGCCAAUGUUAUCGAUGAACAUAAUAAGUCUUACCCUUGGUUGCAUAUAAUUGCCUCGGUCAUGGCCUGGGCUUCCAGUGUUAUAAAUCCAUUUAUAUAUGCAGCGAGCAAUAGAAAUUACAGAGUUGCCUAUUUCAAAGUGUUCGCUUUGCUGAAGUUCUGGGGUGAACCUCUGUCACCGAUGCCAAGUAAAUCAUAUCAACCGAGUAAAAUUUCCCGAGACCAGUCUGCAGGCAUGCGAAGCACGCCUCUAUUCCAUGAAGUUCAGACGAACAAUAGUGAUAAUAACCAAUUAUGCCAACCGAACUCAAUAUGAGUCGAAUCGUCGUACAAAGUUUAUAAUUAUGUACCUUCCUAAAAAUACAUAAUCGUAUAUGUCUAAAAAGAAUAAAUUAAGCUUUUACUACUAUACAUAAAAAUUAUAGUAGAUUAUACAAAUCUACAUUAAAUAUACAAGUCAUAGCUCGAAUAUUAUUAUUUCGAAAAUAAUGGUUAAGAAGAAUGCAUUUGAGUGCCAUUCAGUUGUUGUGUUAUCAAAGAAUUAAAAUAAUUUUCUUCCAAAGAAAAGCAAAAAACAUAAAACAAAAAACAAGCCAAAUUAGCUUUAAGUCAGAAGAAGCCUUUUUAUUUAGAAUUAUAUUGUAUUAGGUUUAAGUUGAAUUCCUUUAUGUAAAAGACAAAUUAAAUUAAAUUAUUUUUAUUAUAAGACAUAAAAAGAAGAAA